AUGAGUCGCUCUCUUAAAGCGCUAAUAGGACCUUCCAUUCUUAAUUCUGAUUUAUCUAAAUUGCUUGAAGAAUCUCAAAAACUACUAGACAAUGGUGCAGAUUAUUUGCAUUUAGAUGUAAUGGAUGGUCACUUUGUGCCUAACCUAACCUUUGGCCAUCCGAUUGUGAAAUGUUUGCAUAAUCAUAUAAAAGAUGCAUUUUUGGAAACCCAUAUGAUGGUUUCUAAACCGGAACAGUGGAUAACACCAAUGGCUGAUGCAGGUGUCAAUCAAUAUACAUUCCACAUUGAACCGAUUACAAAUGUUGAAGAAGUCUGUAGAAAAAUUAGGGAACAUGGGAUGAAGGCUGGUGUUGCUAUUAAACCAGGGACCCCAGUAGCUGAAGUAGAAAAAUAUAUAUCAGUUGCUGAUAUGGUUCUCAUAAUGACAGUUGAACCAGGGUUUGGUGGUCAAAAAUUUAUGGAAGAACAAAUGUCUAAAGUUCAAUAUCUGAGAAAACAAUAUCCCUUAUUGAAUAUUGAAGUGGACGGUGGAGUGGGACCCUCAACUAUAGAUUGCUGUGCAAAUGCUGGUGCAAACAUGAUAGUGUCAGGGACUGCUGUUAUAGGUGCAGAAGAUCAAGCAGCAACAAUUAACUUAUUGAGAAAUGCUGUACAAAGAGCUAUAGAUAAAAAAUAA